AGAUGACACUAGUGAUAGUAAUAAUGAUAGUGAUAAUGAUAGUGGUAGUAGUGAUAAGAGUAAUGAAGAGGAGAAUAUGUAGUUACUCCUUUUACUAUUGUCUUCGAAUGUUUAGUUUUUAAUGACUACUCGGAUUUGUAAUAUUGCAUUACAUUUUUGGUCUCAUUUUAUUAUUUUAAUGUCUUAUGGAUCUAAUUUAUGAAUUUACAAUGUGCGAUUAUGGUACUAAUAACUUUUUCAGGUGGUCAUCAUGGGAGGAGGAAAUAAAGGAGAAACGUCCAAGAGGAGAAAGUCUAAGGGGAAAUCUCCGGUUGUACGUGUUGACGAGGAUGAGUCAAUGGAGGAAGCGGAGGCACAUGAUUUGGGGGCCUCUCAAGAAAUCGUCAGAAAUGUACAAGGGCAACAGGAGCAACAGCAGCUUCAGGAACAGGAGCUACAGGACCCGCAUCCUAAUGACUUGCUAGAGUUGGACCCUUCCACACUUUGGUUUGAUGAUAGGCCGGUGAAGAAUGUGCUCUCCGACUCGCUAACUGGCUACUAUGUUCAGCCUUGGAGGAAUUAUGGAGAGGUUGAUGAAGAUUCGAGAGAGCAAUUUUGGAACUUGUUCAACUUAUGAUAACUUUAACCUAACAUAAUACAUGUUUUAUAAAUUAUAUUGAUGGAGUUGAAUUUUGUAAUAAAGACAUUUUCUUGAUUUGCAGAAAAAAUUCAAGUGGGCACCUGAGUUAAACAACCAAGUGAAGGACACUUUCGAAGAAAAGUUUGCAAAUCGCCUACGUGACACGUUCUACAACAUCACACACGGGCUGAAUGGUCGCAAACCAAGAUGGCUUAAUAAGGAUGUCCACGAAGGCAUGAUGA